AAAGUAGCUCGCAAGCCGAAAAAGUGUGGGCCCCCCUGCUCUACGUGAUCCUGUGGUACAUCUGCCGGGACGUGGACUGUGACCACGGCAUCUGACGGACAUGGACUUACUGAAGGACACCCAAGAGCCCAGGGAGAGCAGGGUGACCCUGACCGCCGAGCGCACCUUCAGUUCAUCUCAACCAACUUUUCCAUCAUGUGACGCCAUUUUCCUGGAGGCGGAACCACGGACAGAUAAAUCCCUCGCAGGCGCUGAGUCGGAUACUUUGACGUGAAGCACAGACGAAGUCGGAAGCAUAAUGUGGCUGCAGUCCGUGCUGCUGCCUCUCCUCAGGCUGUACCUAUGCGGAAUGAAAGUUCUCUUCUAUCAGAUGUUCAACAGAUCUUUCACGCUACCAGUCAUGCCCAAGCAGAAUGGAAGGGUUGCCGUUGUGACGGGGGGAACCAGAGGAAUGGGUUAUGAGACAGCGAGGCACCUGGCACGCCUCGGCAUGCAUGUUGUCAUAGCUGGAAACGAGAGGGAGGAGGGAGCAGCGGCCGUCGGCAGGAUCCAAGAGGAAGGCGUCGAGGGGAAAGUGGAGUUCGUCUUCUUAGACCUGACCUCACUCAAAUCAGUGCGGCAGUUUGCUCAGGCGUUCAAAGACCGAGGUCUCCCGCUACAUGUUCUGGUUAACAAUGCUGGAACCAUGAUGGUUCCUGAGAGACAGACGGAGGACGGCUUUGAGUUCCACUUCACGCUCAACUACCUCGGCCACUUCCUGCUGACUAACCUGCUGCUGGGCACGCUGAAGAGGUCGGGGCGACAGGGCUGCUGCUCCAGAAUCAUCAACAUGUCCUCCGCUACACACUAUGCAGGCAUCGUGCACAUGGAUGACUUGAACAGGAGGAUCUGCUACAGCUCCCACGGUGCUUAUUCCCAAAGCAAACUGGCUCUGGUCCUCUUCACCUACUACCUGCAGGAGCAGCUUACGGCCGGCGGCUUCCCGGUGACCGUCAACGCCGUGGACCCCGGCAUGGUGGACACGGCGCUGUACGACAACCUGUGGAGCCUCGCGCAGGCGCUGAAGAGACCCGUGGCCAAGAUGCUGUUCAGGACUCCAGCAGAGGGAGCGUCCAUAUCCAUCUAUGCCGCAGCUGCCUCUGAGAUGGAGGGCGUGGGGGCCUGUUACCUGUACAACAGCCACAAGACUCAGUCCUCCGACAGCUCCUAUGACUCCGAGCUACAAGCCGAGCUGUGGAAGAAGAGCUGUGAGCUGGUGGACCUUCAGAUAUAGUUCCACAUCCUCCAGAGUCACAAGUCCUACCGAACCGCUGCCUGACUUCAUAUAGUGUCCCAACACUCAAACAUCUAGACUUCCAGGCCGUCCACAUCUGCUGACACAGAUGGUUUUAGAGCUACAGCUUAAAAAAAAAAAAAGAUAUCAAUAUAACUGAAACAACAUGAAAACUGUUGAUAAUUUAUUAAAUUCAAACUUGAAAACGGCAAACCUGAAGAGAAAUGUGCACAUCAGACCUGAUGGGUGAGCUUGUCUUCAUUUCUGCUGCAUUAUCACACAAAGUAUUCUGUGUACAAUUAACGCCUAUAUGUUUUGUUUUUUAUUAACAUCAGCUAAGUUGUCACUCUCUGCUCUUCUGUUUAUAGAGACUAAACCACACUUUGAUAUGUUAAUAUCUUGCUCCCAUAUAGAGCAGCUUUGCUGUGUUAAAUAUCCACAGACAGUCAGAGCACAUGAAAUUCCUACAGGCCUUAGUGUUGCCUAUUGAAGCCGACAGAUGAUUUCCAGAUUUGUGAUUUAAUGUGACGUGUGAGUUUGUAAGUUGUAGAGAAUCACUAUUCAAUCACAACAUAGAAUCUGGGACUAAUUUAAACAUCGAGUCUACUGAAAAGUGAGUUUUCACACAUUUUAAUUUAUCUCUAUGCCAAACAUAAUUAAUUAUUGAAUGUACCUUAUUGCUGAAAGGAAAUACGGUAGACGUUCCAGUUGCAAUCUGCAAUUUCACUUAAAGAUGUCGCCAGAUCCUACACACCGGCCCUUUAAGUGGAUUCUGUUUUAGGGUAUAAAUAUUCCAUUUGUAUACCACAAAGUGCACUUUUUUUGCCUUAAUGAAAAUUAAUUUUUACAUUCAUAUCUUGAAUUAGCAUUUAUAGUGCAAUAUCAUUUCACAUAUUUAACUCAGAGUCCCCACAUGCUGAUGGCUUUAGCUUUAGUUGACGAUCCAAGAUGUCAACUUGGAUCCAUCUCAUCAUUAUAUUUUAUUUGAGUGCAUUUCAUAAUUCACAGUGACCAGUUUUAGCAAAUUCUUGCAAAUUGCUUUUUAAUGGAAGUCUAUAACUAUAUGUGAUACGUUUUCAAAGAUUACAUAAAUGUAAAUCGUCGUUCCGGAUCAUGGUGUCGUCUUAGUUUCUAUAAGUAUAAAAAAACGUUCAUGUUGAUAUAUUUAUGUUUAUGAUCCUGGGCCUGAACUCUUCUCUGUUUAAUGUUCUGGAUACAUUUCAGUGUGUCAGCAUCAAAAACUGUAUUCCAAUCAAACUGAUUAUACUGCGCACAAAUGGUUUACCACGAUCACUGUGAAUUAUGCCUUUAUUCCAGAUUGUACUAAUUUAUAGUCAUGUGAGUUUACAGUUAUUAUAUUAACAGAUUAAGAUGUCCCACCGAUUCACAAUAUGUUAAUAAACACUAAUUAACAAAUUGCUUCGUAUGAAUGAAUUUUACAUGUAUACAAUUAGGAUAUAAAUAAAAAUUGUCAAAUCAGA